AGAAGUAUAAUAACUUAUGAUGAGUUUUAAAUAAUUAAAAUUACAAUUUGAAAAAAAAAAUGUAAUAACGUACUUAUUGUAAAAUAAGAAUAUUAUAAUUGUCAAAGUAUCCGUAUUUGAAAAUAAAUUAUAUACUGAAUAUUUAUAGUUCAAUUCAACUUUUUGAAAUGGCAACUUUUUAUCUAAAACAGUUCUUUCAAAAGAAGCUAUUAUUAACAAUUAAUAGUAGAGUGUACUCAACAGCUUUUUUAACUGAAUCAAAACCACAAAUUAAAGAAUUUCAGUCUUCUAAUCAUGAAUUGAAAAUAAAACUAUCAGAUCCUGAUGCUUUUGGUAUAAACAAUAUGGUAAAAAUCAAACAUCUUUUUGAAGCUGGUGUGCAAUAUGGUCAUACUAUAGGAACAUUAGAUAACCGAAUGAAACAAUAUGUAUAUGGAAAUAGACUUGGACACCUUAUUAUAGAUUUAAAUCAGACUAAAUAUUUAUUACAAAAAGCUUUAAAUGUGGCUGCUCACAUUACUUACCGAGGAGGAGUUAUCUUAUUUUUGUGUCAGUCACCAUUAAAUUGUUUGACAGUAGAAAAUUGUGCUAAGGAAUGUGGCGAGUUUGCGCACACAAGGUAUUGGCGAAGUGGUAUGUUUACUAAUUCAUCAAGAAUAUUUAAAGCAGAAACACGUUUGCCAGAUCUUUGUAUAGUAUUAAAUACUUUAAGCAGUACUUCUAAAGAAAAUAGUGGACAGCACAAUGUUCUUACUGAUGCUGCAAAAAUGUUAAUUCCUACUAUUGCAAUUGUAGAUACAGAUGCAAAUCCAAACAUAGUUACAUACCCAGUGCCAGGAAAUGAUGACACACCUAGUGCAGUACAAUUAUAUUGCAACUUAUUUAAAAAUGUAAUACUCAAAGCUAAAUCAAUUAGAAAAAAAGUAUUGAAUACUAAUAUAAAUCAGGUCUAAUUUUUUUAUAUAAAGAAUACUUUUGUUCGAUAAUUUAUAAUAAAAAAUUUAAAUAAUAAA